UUCAUGUCCACAAAUGUUAGCGGUGGCUCAGAUGGAGGCUAACCGGCAGAGUGCGUUCGUCCUGGGCAGCACCCCUCUGGCCGCGCUGCACAACAUGACGGAGAUGAAGACGUCCCUGUUCCCCUACUCUCUGCAGCAGAACCCGGCCGGCUUUAAGGCACCACAGUUCUCCUGCCUCAACUCCCACAUGGCCGCAGGAACCCCGCAUGGAAUAAGCGACAUCCUGGGGAGACCCAUCACCUCUGCCGGGCAGCUGCUGUCUGGGUUCCCCCGGAUAAACGGCCUGACCACCGGCCUGACCACCACCGCAGCCGGGGUGUACUUCGGUCCGGCCAUGUCCAGGUACCCGAAGCCUCUGGCCGAGCUGCCGGGGAGGGCUCCCAUCUUCUGGCCCGGAGUGAUGCAGGGGUCUCCAUGGAGGGACCCGAGGCUCCCAUGUCCUGGUCAGGCUAACAUGAUGUUGGACAAGGACGGAAAGAAGAAACACUCCAGACCGACCUUUUCAGGACAGCAGAUCUUUGCACUGGAGAAAACCUUCGAGCAGACUAAAUACCUGGCCGGCCCAGAGAGAGCCCGGCUGGCUUACUCUCUAGGGAUGACCGAGAGCCAAGUCAAGGUCUGGUUUCAGAACAGGAGGACCAAAUGGAGGAAGAGGCACGCUGCAGAAAUGGCCACGGCCAAGAAGAAGCACGACUCUGAGACGGAGAAGAUGAAGGAGAGCUCGGACAACGAGGACGACGACGAGUACAACAAACCUCUGGACCCGAAUUCCGACGACGAGAAAAUUACGAGACUGUUGAAAAAGCACAAGGCCACCAACCUGGCGCUGAUCAGCCCCUGCAGUAACAGCUCGGACACCUUGUGA